AUGCAUUUUUCCUGUUUCGUGUUCUCCUUGUUCAUCGAUUGCAUAUCACCCCCCCCUCCCCCAAUUAUAAUCUUCUCCUUGCUCUCGUCUUGUUCUUCUGCUUCAUGCGACAUCGAGAAGAGAGUGGCGUUGGCGCAGCGUUGGGCUGACGGUGUGCCUCGGCGGUUUUCUGUGUCACUUGUGACGCUGUCGUUGGAACUGGGUCAUUCAACGUUUUCACGGUCGGUCAGUUUUUUCUAUGGCCAUUCGCGUCCGCCGUCCAACUUUCGUUUUCAUGUCGGUUGUCGUCGGCAUUGUCGUCACCCGUUCGUCAGUCACAGCCUCUGCUCGAUGAUGGACUCUUUGGACGACGAGGCAUUGCAUCGCUUCAUCCCUCGUCCAUCAUCCCUCGUCGAUCCCUCCACAGCUGGCCAUCACUCGACGCCGCUGAACUUCAAAGCCGACCGGCACCACCGGCUUCACCAACCGUUUAUUGCUAAUACGGAUUAUGCGUCGUCGUCGAACGUCGGUAUGACCGAAGCCGUGCUCAGAGCGCUGGCUGACAGCACCGCUCCGCACCUCACACACACGGACAACCCUACUUCGACCAGCAAUGGAAGCGAUGUCGCUUGCGCAAGGUACUGA